CCAAGUGUUUGAUUGACAGGCGGCGUUUUAACUGUUGAUGUCCCACCGGAGGUUCCACUCACAUCGAGGAGGACGGCAGAAAAUUAGUGGUCGCCAUUUUCUGGUGAUAUUACGCCCGCCAUGCCUCUGAAGCCAUUCUCAUUCCCGGUCCCAGAAACUCGCUUCUUUAAAGCUGGAAGCUUCAUCUACAAAUUCAAGAUCAGAGGAGGGACCGGCUACAGUGGGAAGAGAUGUUUGAGAGAACAAUGCUUCAACCAAGAACUGGAGGUCAUUGUCAGAGAAGUUCUUGGCAACCUGAAUAAUCUCAGGCCUUUCUCCACCACCCACUACACUGUGUUUCCUUACAUGAAGCACUGGGACAGAAGUCGCAGAUGCCCUAAGAAGAACAUGCGAUUCUACCCAUUUACUAUUGUCCUCUUCCUGGAGAAGAACAUGCACAGAGGAGAAAUGCAAACAGAUGAGGUAACGAAGGAUGUUGUUCCUUCUGAAGAGCCAGCAGUAAAGUGCCGUCACACAGACUCACCACUAGAGGAGGCUAUACUAAAGGAGCUCAAGGAUAUGGAGGCUGAAAGCAGCAUAUCAGCGACUGGAAACGUGAACCUGGAGCCUCAGCCUGCAGAGAAAGAAGUCCGUGAGGAUUCAACACUUUCAGAUGAGCCUGAGAUGACACAGGACCCACAACUUAAGAUGGAUGUGGAGAGGACACCUGAGAGGCCGGGGAUUCUAAUGCAACUGGCCAGAAAUGUGCUCCCUUUCCUUUUCAGAACCCGUGAAACGCAUCCAUGAGGGGUGAAAAAGUGUCCGUGUGAAGCUGAGUUAGGAAUUUCAUUCAUGUUUUACGUUCUUUGAAGUUAAAAAUAAAACCACAACAAAUUGAGUUUAAAGAUGCUGGAUCAAAUUUUAUUGACUCAUCACAAAGUCUACAGUGCAUGGCUUUACUUUUAAUUAAUUAGACAACCUUUGGUUUCAUUUACAGGCAAUAAAUACAACAUGUUCAUUGCACAUCCAGAACAAUAAAUACAUUUUGUACAUUC